AUGGAACCUGAUUCCAGCCCAGCUGUCGUGGAAGCCACCGGCGGGGACGUAUCCGUGGAAGAGAAGGCCGUCGAGAUUGAAGUCCACGGGUUGAAAGCGAGGACCUUCUUGAACUGUGCCCCCCAAGACCUUGUUCCUUCACGAUACCUAAGAAAAGCAGAGCGAUCUUCCGUGGUUCAACGUACAAUCUGGCUCUUCCGUCGGAAACAGAAUGCGGAGCAGGUCAAUCUGAACAAAUGGUCCGAGGUCGAUAUCCGUUUCCGAGGAGUAUACAAGACGCUCAAGAAGGUACCCCCGUUUCGAAAGGGCUUGUACGAAGAUGAUAUGGAUAAUCUGGCUCCCCCAGUACGCGAUUUCGAUUUCGACUUUGCGGCCAGGGCCCAGGGACAGGUUGUCUAUGCUCUUCUUGAUGAGAUUUUGCGUGCAUUGAAGAUUCUGCGCCAGACGGAAGAUAAUAGGUCUUAUUUCUGUCUUCGUGCGCGACUGUUGACCUGCCGAUUUGAAUAUUGGACCGGAUAUCGUGAGAAGUACAAGGAUACCCCAUUCACGAGAGGAUUGGUGUCGCUCGAGCAUUAUCCGGCGAGGCAUUCGGCGCAAACGGUCCUCCAAGUAUCGACACUACUCCAGAACGUCCACCGCCUGCAGCCGCCCGGCGACAAGAUCCCCGACCAAGAAGUGUUUCUUAUCGGUCUGCACGGAUCUCGAUUGCAUGUCUUUCGGGGAAUCUUUCCCGGCCACAAGACGUCGCGGCUCUGGAGCGGUCGGCACAAUCCGGCCGAGUCUGACGCCGAAAUCAGUCGGCUCGUCAUCAGCGGUGCCAAUCAGCGAUUCUACAGCAGGCAGAAUAUGGAACGGCUUUUGCAGAAGGUCGCGUGGUUCCACCUAUCGACUUGCGAUAGUGAGCCGGAACCUCACGUCUUUCGCAUCCUAGGAAGUAAGGAGUACGAUCUAUGGGUCAAAUCGGACUUUUACGCGGCGAUGACAUUGUUAGUGGGAUUGGUCAUGUAUCUGAUGAGUGGGCGCGCUCGGUGUGGUAUCCUACAGCAUGCCUUUGACCGCUGGCCGUACGACGAGGACGAGGAACCCGACUCGGAGGACGAAGAACUGCGAAAGAAGGUCGCGCAAGAGGAAAAUGAUGUGGUGGAACAGGAACGGAAGCUGAUGGAGUUGAAGAAGCAAAAACGGGAGGAGGACCAGAAGAGGUUCUGGAGAAGGGAGGCCAUGCGAUCGUCGGCAAAUGACCGUAUUGGGGGAUUUAAAGACUUUCGUCAACCCUGGUGGGACUGGGUCUGGGAAGACAAGCAUGAUGAUGGACGUGCCAAGGACGACGCGGCCGUGAUCUUCGAAGGUCCUUAA